AUGAGUUGGAACAUACGGGGUGCUGCUGCUAAAGGAGUGCCUCUUCUCCUGAAGGAUAUUACUUCCAGACACAGUGUUUCUUGCCUAGCCCUCUUGGAAACUAGGGUUAGUACUAAGAAAUUGCCUCUCAUCUUGAAGUCUACAGGUUUUUAUGCUUUCUUUGCUGUGGAAGCAGAAGGUUUUUCUGGGGGAAUUUGGAUUUUGUGGAUGAAGCAAUGGGGGCAGGUUGAUAUUAUCUCCUUUCACCGUCAAUUUGUCCACACUCGCAUCUCACCCAAAGAUGGUCCUAGCUUACAAGUAACUUUUGUUUACGGUAGCCCCAACUGCACUGUUAGGGACAUUCUGCGGCGUGAGCUCAGAAGAUUGGCUAGCCAAAUCAGUGGACCCUGGUUAGUUGUUGGGGACUUCAAUGCCUAUCUCAGUGCCUCAGAUAAGCUAGGGGGUGGCCCUCCUAACUUGUCCUCCAUGAACAAAUUCAGAGAUUGCAUUGAUGCCUGCUCCCUUUCUGACCUUGAGUUUAAAGGCCCCCUGUUUACAUGGGAGGGGCGUGGGGUUAAGGAAAGAAUUGAUUGGGCCUUAAGUAAUGAUAAUUGGCUACUCUCCUUUCCUGAGGCUACUAUUCUUCAUCUCCCGAGACUCAAGUCAGACCAUAAGCCUAUCCUCAUUAAGCUUGGAGGGGGACAAAGGGACGCGUCUCAACGUCCUUUUCGCUUCCUAGCUGCGUGGCUUACACAUGCGGAUUUCCCCAGGUUGGUUGAGGAAGCUUGGUCACCAAAUGGAACCUGGCUCCCCUCCUCGGCAACGUUUCGUGAUAAGGCCCAAACUUGGAACUCUGAGGUGUUUGGCGAAAUCGGUAAGCGUAAGCGUAAGCUCAUGCGAAGGUUGGAGGGAAUUAACAAUAAACUGAAAAUGGCCCAUGUUCCUUACCUAGAGAAACUGCAAAAGAAAUUAUGGGAAGAAUAUUACCAAGUGCUUAUUCAAGAGGAGUUUCUUUGGAAGCAGAAGUCUCGAGUUAAUUGGUUGAAUCAAGGGGAUAAAAAUACCUGGUUCUUCCAUACAGCGACCAUGGUGCGCCGCAAGCGUAAUCGUAUUGAAGCUCUUACUAAUGAGGAAGGGGUCACGGUUACAGAUGUUACUACUCUCCAAUCUAUGGCCGUUGACUAUUUUCAGCAACUGUAUUCUGGUUCAGGUAGUGGCAACCCUAUCCAUUCGAGCUUCACAUUUCCUAGAAUUCCUACUAGUACCCUUCGCGAGAUAGAGAGCCCUCUCGAUGCGGAGGAGAUUAAAUCAGCAAUUUUCAGUAUGGGUUCCUUAAAGGCCCCCGUCCCUAAUGGGGAUUUUGUGGUUAAGUUUAUACAGGAUUGCAUCCGCCAGCCGGAGAGAAUCCGCGAAGUUAAUGAUACUCUUAUAGUUCUGAUUCCAAAGGUUGAAAGACCAAAUCUUAUAUCUCAAUUUCGCCCAAUAGGCCUUUGUAACGUGAUCUACAAGACCUUAACCAAGGCUAUUGCUAAUCGCUUGAAAGGUUCUCUCAAUGAGUUGGUGGCCCCCAACCAAUGCAGUUUCAUCCCUGGAAGACAAAGUUCCGAUAACAUCAUUGUUUCCCAGAAGGUUUUCCACUCCAUGAGAUUUUUGAAGAGUAAAACAGGGUGGGUGGCGAUAAAAAUAGACCUCGAAAAAGCCUAUGAUAGAAUUGAUUGGACAUUCCUUAGAGAUACUCUCUUGGAGGUGGGUUUUGAACAUAGCUUUUGUGAUCUUAUCCUUAGUUGUGUUUCUCUCAGCUCUUUUCAGGUUCUCUUCAAUGGAUGCAAGACUGAUAGUUUUUCACCUACUCGAGGUAUCCGCCAAGGAGACCCCAUUUCUCCCUACCUCUUUGUACUUUGUAUGGAGAGACUGGCGCACCUGAAUCGGUUUGAGGUGAACUCAAGCCAUUGGAAGCCUAUUUAUCUCUCAAAGAAUGGGCCUCCUCUAACCCAUUUAUUUUUUGCGGAUGACCUAUUACUCUUUGGAGAAGCGUCCCUUAGUCAGAUGGAGCUUAUGAUGAGCUGCUUGGAUAAAUUCUGUCUUGCAUCAGGUCAGAAAGUUAGCAAAGAGAAAUCCCGCAUUUUGGUUUCUAACAAUAUUAGUCAUGGCGAAGCUUUAAGGAUAAGUCAGUUAGUUGGGAUCCGGCUUACGCAUGACUUAGGUAAGUAUCUUGGUGUGCCCCUCCUCCACAAGGCCCCAACAAGGUCCACCUAUGAUUUCAUUUUAGAGAAGACCCAAAAAAGGCUAUCGGCUUGGAAAGCUUCUUCUCUUAGCCUCGCCGGAAGAGUGACCCUCGCCAAAUCUGUCAUCUCUGCCAUCCCCUCAUACUGUAUGCAGACCAUGUUGCUCCCUAAAGGUGUCUGUGAAAAGCUGGAUCUCCUCCAACGCAAAUUUAUUUGGGGCUCUGAAAAUGGAAAUAGACGGAUGAGCCAAGUUAGUUGGAGCACUAUCUGUAGCCCAAAAUCUCAAGGUGGGCUAGGUUUUCGUUUGUCUUCAGAUUUCAAUAGAGCAAUGAUUAUGAAACUGGGCUGGGGACUUAUUCACCAACCCUCAUCCCUUUGGGUGAGGGUUCUGAGAGGUAAGUAUCGGUGUGGCAACGAUACCCUACCCAAUGUCAUGAAACGUAGCCGGGAGUCAUUGGCUUGGAAGGGUAUCCGUUCUACCUGGGAUUCUCUCUCGAACGGUCUAAGGUGGAAGCUCGGAAAUGGUCAUCAAGUGAAAUUUUGGACCGACAACUGGUUGGUGUCUGGCCACAAACUACAAGAUGUGGCCUUAUCUCCUAUCCCUCCUGAAUCUCUUCACCUCCCUGUUUCGCACUUUUAUGAAGCAGGUAGAGGGUGGAAGGCCUUCCUUUUUGCUAACCUUUUACCUUGCAGGUUUACUCAGGAGAUACUCAUGGAUCAAACUCCCUUCACCACCUCCUCUAGCUCAGACGAGAUUAAAUGGGCCAGGAAUCCCUCUGGAGUGUUCUCCACUAAAUCAGCUUAUGAGCUUUUGGUAGAUAACCCGAUUCGAAGCCAGGAAGGGAAUCUCUGGAAGUCAGUUUGGAAAAUUCAAGGCCUUCAGCGAGUUAGGGUUUUUCUUUGGAAACUGCUGAAUAACGGAGUGCUCACUAAUAAUAUUAGAGUUCAUCGCCAUAUAAGCUCCACUGACCUCUGUCCCCUAUGCCAGUCCCAUGUGGAAGAUUAUCUGCAUCUGUUCCGAGAUUGCAGUGUCAUUACGCCCUUCUGGUACGCGGCGUUAUCGGGCGUCCCUCAUUCAUCUUUCUUCUCGUCUAACUGGGCUUACUGGAUCGCAGGAAACAUAAUUGGGGAUCUUGGCAGCCACCUGAACAUGGAUUGGCCUCGCUUCUUCGCUUCUAGUCUAUCUGCUAUUUGGCGUAUGCGCAACGACCUCGUUUUCGAGGGCACACCUCCAACCACUGCUCGAAUAUGGAGCUUUGUCCGGUCUCUUGGCCUGGAAGAGCUGGUGGCCAAAACCACGUUAGGUCCUAUCUCAAACCGGAUGCAAGGGCAACAUGCAGAGACCUUCGAUGGUGGUUCUCCUUCUACCCGUAGUAGACCUGUUCCUUGGUCUAAACCUCCAGCCAACUGGGUAAAGGUGAACGUAGACGGAGCGUUGAGUCAGAAUGGCCUUGCUAGCAGCGGGGGAGUUAUUCGCGACGCAGAGGGCACUUGGAUAAAAGGGUUUUCCAGUAAUCUUGGCUCUAUGCUCACGGCAUCGGCGUUUACGGUGGAGCUACUGGCACUUCAGUCAGCGGUUCAUCUUGUAAUGGGCCUUGACCUUCCCCGUGUGAUUGUGGAGUGUGAUUCCAUUGUAGUUGUGAACUUGUUUGCGGAUCAUGAGGUCUCCUCUCAUCAGUACAGCCAGAUCAUUAUGGGAAUUAUUCAACUGCAGACCGAUCAUGGCAACCUUGUCAUCCGUCAUGUCCCAAGGGAAGCCAACUCUUUGGCGGAUUACAUAGCUAAAGUGGGUUUAUCUCUACCCUAUGGCCAACACAUCUUUGAAUCCCCUUUUGGGGAAUGCCACACUCGUUUAUUGCAGGACUUAGUUCCUUUUGCUAGCCCGGAUAGAGGUUUUGCUGUUAGUUAG